UCUCCUCUCGGCUCAUAGCUCGAAGGUGUCGACGGGAUUCCGAAAAAAGAAGAAGGCAAAAUGGCCGCUAAAGACAGUUUCAAAGUUCCUCGUAAUUUUCGGCUCUUGGAUGAGUUGGAGGAGGGCCAAAAAGGCGGUGAUGGUACCGUGAGCUGGGGGCUGGAGUCAGACGACGAUAUGGAGCUAUAUAGGUGGAAUGGCAUGAUUCUCGGCCCCGCGAGGACAGUUUUUGAAAACCGAAUUUACAACCUUAAGAUUGUAUGUGGUCCAAAUUAUCCACAAAAGCCACCAACAGUCAAAUUUGUAUCCAAAAUUAACAUGAAUGGUGUCAACAGUAAAGGAGAGGUCGAGGAGAGGCAACACCCAUUACUAAGCAGAUGGAACCAAGGAGAAAGUAUAAAAUCUAUACUAACUUCACUUAGAAAACAGAUGACAGAGAAGCAGAAUUGCAAAUUGCAGCAGCCGCCGGAGGGAAGUACCUAUUAGACACACCCUUGCCAUCUACUGUGUGCACCUAUAAGCCACACCUUGCUGUCUGCUAGGAGCUUUUUCUAGCCAUUUCUAUACCCUUCAUUCCUGCUGUCCAGUUAUGUCUAAAUCUCACUUUUAGCUAGAAUUUUGAGGCUUUCCAGUCCUAGUAUAUCAAAGCUUAAUCAUAUAGACAUGCGCAAAUAGCAUAGCCAUUGUUUGAAAGGAACAUGUAUUAUUGCCCUUCAAUGGCAUGCUGAUUGCGUAUUACUUGAUAGUCAGAUCUGCUAGAAUAUUUUCCAAUUGAAAUUCAGGCUACAAAGUAUUCAAUACCUUAAGAAAGCAUUGUCCAGUGUCCAUUAUCUCAGUAUUUGUUGAGCAUGUUUGAAAACUGUAACCAGUUAUAAUUUUAUUAUAUAAAAUUAGCCUCUUCUUAAACCUGAGCUAUCACAUUUCUAUUGUUAAUGAGAUUUCUAACUGACGAUCAGGCCCAAUUGACAAUAAUAAAAAUGGCACCUCACCUUACAUUUAGCAAAAAUCUUCCAAAGGUUGUCUUAUUUAUCUCAGCAAAUUUUUGUUUUCUCAAAAAAUCAUUAAUCCAAACAAAUUUGUUUCUUGAUUUAUCUAAAUAAAAGGGUAGAUUAUUAGUCAAUUUAUGGAAUAAUACAACUCUGCCCCCUUCUGCUUUCCAUUUCGUCAUCCUAGUACAAUACCAAGUGCAAACAAGAAUCUAUUUCCAUCAACUAAUAUGGGAACGCUAUUGCCCAUAUAGGAAAAUAACUCAUAAAUAACUAAACUUUGUUUUUAAAUAUUUUAAAAUUUCUUCAAGUGAUUUCCUUCCCAUUUUGAAUGAAAAUAUUUACAAUGGCGUGGCGGAUAAGGGCUCUUCAAUUGUUUGCCAGUAGUACUUUUACUCCCAGCAUCUUGGUUUGCUGCAAGGUGUAAUGUCUAGUGCCAAAUUUUCAUUAUUGUUGUUUGACCUCACUAGGUAGUCUAAGAGUUACCUCUUUGUUUGUAAGUUGUUUGUUUGCGACUGUAUGUAUUAGAGAGAUAAUUUGGUCUCAAUAUCUCUGAUAAUAAAAAGAUGUGUUUUUUUUUU